AUGGCCGAGAACGAGGUCAAUCGCAUUAUCCAGGCGAGGUUUGGGGAUGAUAAUGGGCUGAAAAUUGCGGACAUCAUUGAGAAUAAACCCAUACAAGCCGACGGCACGCUAUCUCUCAACGGCGCUGGUUUGAAGACUUGGGAAUAUCCGUUCAAAGCAUGA